CGUGCACAUUUCACAAACUGCAUACGAUCAAUCAUGUGUGUAUCGUCAAUCGUAAUCUCUUUUAAUCGUGUAUCUCUUUUUUUGUAACGCAUAUUAACAUAUCACUCCUAAAUUUUACACUGCAUAUAUAAAUUUUCUAUUUUUAUUUUAUUAUUUGUGUGCUUGGUAAUAUAUAAAAUAUAUAAAAUAUAUAUAUCCCCACAUGAAAUCUUUCACACAGUACUAACAGUUUAUAAAUUUCGAAUAAAUAAUCAAAUUCUUAAAAAAAUGACUUAAUAAACGUAAUAAUGUAUUAUUUCUAUUAUUGUAUAUGUGUAUUCACACCGACGAGAUACCGUUAGCAGUCAAUUUAAUUUGACUUGAUAUAUCCACAUAGAACGAUAUAAACAAUAAACAAUGAAGUUACAUUGUAAAACCGAAAUUCACGAAAGAACAUUAUUGGUGCAUAAAAAAUUGCAACGUUCUAUAUUAGCAUUUGUUAAGGAUUCAGUUAAAGAUAACAGUGUAUGCUUCUAUCUGUGGACACGGCUGAACAAGCAAGGGACUAAGUAUAAGAUUAUUAACAACAUAAGAAAAGUAUUCAUGAAAUUUAUUAAUGAUGGUAAAGCUACAAUAAGCUUGAUACAACCCUGUCAUGAUCUAAUUAUUCAAUGUGAUGCUAUUCAGUUAAAAAGCUUUCUUAAUGUAUUGAAACAUAUAGCAAAUGGGCAUUACAAAGAUAUAGAUAAAUAUAUUCUUAAAUCUAAUAUAACUAUUAGUUCAAGUGAAUUUUAUUCAUUGGAAAAAGUUGUGGUGGUGAAAAAAUGUGAAUAUCCAAUUUUACAAGGAUUCCCACGGAUGACGGAACAACUUGUUUUGAGUGGAUUAGAUAGAAAAUCCUUUGAUCGACAAAUUUUGACAUUGCAGAGUUUAAGAUUCUUAGAUUUAUCAAACAAUAAAAUUUCUUUCUUACCAAAGGAAUUGGGCACCUUGCCUCAUCUUCAAGCUCUUGAUUUGUCAUAUAAUAAUCUUGGAAAAUCAGUUCAAUCUAAAUGGGCAUGGCUAGAGCAAAUUGCACUUAGGAGCAAUUUAAAUUUUCUAAAUCUUAGUAAUAAUUUAUUAACUAAAUUACCAACACAAAUAGGAUGGCUAAAAGCUUUAAAAGAGUUGAAAAUUCGUGACAACAUGUUAAGACAAUUACCACAAAAUAUUGGAACUUUGAAUAAAUUACAAUUGUUGGAUGUUGCAAAAAACAAUUUAAUGUUUUUACCAGGAACAAUCCAAUAUUUGCGAUUGUACUCUUUAGAUAUUUCAGAUAAUUUAUUUUCAACAAUUGUAGAUCAUAAUAUUGUAUUUGAUAAGAGCAUUUUCAUAGGACUGCCAAGUCUUGUUGAAUCUUCAGCUAGAAAUGUGUUAAAAUCCAGGAUAACUUAUGAUGCAAGUUUAAUACCAUAUACAUUAGUUCAAUAUUUAGACGAAGCAAAAUAUUGCUUUUCCUGUAAAGAUGCCUGUUUUGAUUGUUAUUCAAAGGUUUUUACGCACUUUUAUUCAUCUAAAUUUAGUAUGCAUAUAAAAAAUACAUUAAAUCAACCUUUCAAAUUUGAAUGUUAUUUUUGUUCAAUGACAUGUCAUAACUAUUAUGUUGGAAAAUAUAUUGAAUAAAAUAGAAGUCUCUCUCUCUCUAGAAUAGAAUUUUAGGUAACAAUUUUUAAUACAUAUAAUUUUAUAAUUCUAUAAAUUGUAUUCAUUGAUGAUUUAUAAUCUCAUUUGCAUGUAUGUAGCCAAAUUUAUAUUCAAAUAUAUCAUUGAUGAUUUGAAACUAAUAUUGAUAUUUAUUACAUAAAAACUAUUAUGAUUAAAAAUAAUAUUAUAAUAAUUUAAUACAGCUAUUUGAUCUUUUUGUAAGAAACAAAAUGCUAUUUUUUGCAGUAAU